UAUUCUAGUGCUCAGUACUCUAGUGUUUGGUACCCUAGAACUCGAGGUUCUAGUAUUCAGUACAUUAGGACUCAGUAUUUUAGUACUUGGUACCUUAGAACCCAAUACCCUAAGAACUCAGUAUUCGAAGACUCAGCACCUCCAGCACUCUAGAACCCCAGUACUCAGUACCCAACAUUCUAGAACCCCAGUACCAAAGCCCAAUAGUAUCCCAAUACCCUAGCACUCUGAAACCCCAGUACUCGGUAUUCCAGCAAUCAGUACCCUAGUAUUCAGUAUUCUAGGACUUGGUACCUUAGAACCCAAUACCCUAAGAACUCGGUACUCGAAGACUCAGCAUCCCCAGCACUCUAGAACCCCAGUACUCAGUACCCAACAUUUUAGAACCCCAGUACUAAAGCCCACUAGUAUCCCAAUACCCUAGCACUCUGAAACCCCAGUACUCGGUAUUCCAGCAGUCAGUACCUUAGUAUUCAGUAUUCUAGGACCCCAGUACCCAAUACUCUAGAACCCCAGUAUUUAGCACUCCAGUACCAAAGCCCUGUGUACACUAGUAUCCCAAAUACUAAGCACUCAAUAUCCUAGUGUCCCAAUACCCUAGCACUCUAAAACCCCAGUACUCGGUAUUCCAGCAGUCAAUACCCUAGUAUUCAGUAUUCGAGGUCCCCACUACCCAGCACUCUAAUACCCCACCACCUGAGUGGCCCUGUAUGCCUACCGUCUCCUUUAAUCUCGUGUUAGUUAACGACUAUAAUCAUCUUUAAUACACCAUGCACGCAUGGUUGAUCAUAAUUUUAAGAGGGAGGGGGCAGAACAGCCGAAUCGAGUUCACGGACGUGAAGCGGAGCAGCGAGUGGCCCGAUUGAAAGGUAGGAUUUACGGGCAUACGUGACAUAGAUGCGCAUACUUGAAAUAAUCGACGUUAAUGGCCGAACAACGUGAGUUACGCAGCCAGGUCGGCGGUCAUGGGGCAAUUUAAACGCAGAGUCUGCUCGAGCAAUUUGUCAGCGACCUGUGUGCACCAGUGUAUUAUCAGUGCUCUACUCCUCAAGGAGGACUCAGCAAUGGGUGACUACGGUCAUCCUCGGCACGGAAGGCCCAGUCGCCAGCAGCAGUCAGAGGAGGUCGAGGAUCUCUGGAAUCAUGCUUAGAUCCUGAUCGCGGAGCAGCACGGGCCCCUCCGGGGUGGAGUGGUGGUGGAGCAGGACACCAAAGACAACUUCCAAGGAACCUAAGACAAUCAAGGUGCGCUAAGCGGAGAGCACGGUCCUGGAGGAGGCUGGAGAAUGAGCAUGUUCAGCAUACUGCGUAGAAAUUGGGCACUUCGCGUGUCGGUGGUGCUCAACAUCUGCGUGUUGCUCUACGUGUGCGCCCACUUCGGCUCCUCCGGGCCCUGGAUCGAGGAACCGCCUACCAAUUGGGCGGCGCCGUUACAGUCGGACACUUUCGGCUCAGUGGAACUCGUGAACGGUACCCAGAAGGGUGCCACAUCCUCGGCGCUGCCUGCCACCAAGGAUGCCUCUGGCAAGGCUGUCCAUGGGGUCAAUUCGACCAGCCUGGCCAGGACCAGGCUGCCGACCACCAAGUCGUCGCUCGAGACUGUCGAUAAUCGUGGCCGGAAUCAAACGGUGAACAGCAGCCUGCCAUCUGCUCGACCAACGAUGAGCCUGAAGGAUGCCAUCCUCUGCAACGAGAAGUCCAUGAAUCCUAGGAGAGCCCAACGGGGCGACUAUUGGGUCCUCUACAAUUACGUGCCGAUGAGCAUGGCGGUGAGGUGCUGGGAGAGCGUGACCUACACCACUCACGCGGACUACACGUUCCUGGACAAUCUGGAACCGUUGCUAGAGCGAUGGAGGGCGCCGAUAUCGAUUGCGAUGCACGCCCCUGGCACAGACUUCGCGGCGACGCUGGACGCGAUCAAGUACUCGAGAAACUGUGGCAGCACCCUGAUCUCGCAGCUGGUCACCUUCCACGUCUUUUUUAGCAGCAAACACGUGCCAAAAGUGGUACCCCCAAGCGAGAAGGUCGUCUCUGACACGUACAAUUGCUCGCUGGGACCGCCAUGGGUGAACGUGACGUUCUCGAAGAUGUACAAGAACGAGAAGAAGUUGCUUUACCCUGUGAACGUUGGCCGCAAUAUAGCCAGGGAGUCGGCCGCUACGUACUACGUGUGUGCCAGCGACAUCGAACUGUAUCCGAGCCCAAACUUGCCCGCUAAGUUCCUCGAGAUGAUCAGAAAGAGAGACCAACCGAGCCUCUACAAGCCCAAUCCAAAAGUUUUUGUACUGUCCAUCUUUGAAGUGGACGAGAAGAGCCAACCGCCGAAUAACAAGACUCAGUUGUCCCAGAUGCUGAAGGCUGGCACCGCUAUCCCUUUCCACAAGAAGCUAUGCUCCAGCUGCCAUAACGUUCCUCGAAGCAAAGAAUGGCAGGAAGCGCCCGAGACCGAGGGCCUCCACGUGUUCCAUGUAGGCAAAAGGACUGGUAGCUUCGUUCACUGGGAGCCAAUCUUCAUAGGGACCAAUCAUGAGCCUCUGUACGACGAGAGGCUCAGCUGGGAGGGGAAAAGCGAUAAAAUGCCACAGGGUUACGCAUUGUGCGUUCUCGACUACGAUUUCCUUAUCUUGGACAACGCGUUCCUGAUCCAUCGUCCGGGUAUCAAGAUCUUCAAGAGGGACCCGCACCGAGAGAUGCUGACCGCCAAGACGAACUCUUUGAUAAAGAAGAUAAUCGUUCCGGAAUUGAAAAUUCUUUAUGGAACACGGAAGGGUUGCGCGGUGUAGCCCGCAGAGAUAAGAGCACGGUGCGUGCUCCACAGGUGUCAUUUAGCGAAGUGGCAUCACCUGCGACCAUCUUCGACGUCCAGAAUGUCAGAAGUACAGCGAAACAACAGCAAUGUUCGCGGGAGGCUUCUUUUGAUCAGACGUGGCUUCAGUGGACAGGUUCAUGCCCGUUUAAGUGUCUCCUAUAGCGAGAAGAACCUGUGAAGACAUUUUUAUGAUAAAAAAUGAUGCCAAUCGACACGGUGCCGAAAAUAGAAAAUUGUUGAUUAGAUUUUCGACGGGGCAACCUCGCGUUUGAUUCAACUUCUCCUAUGAUCGUUAGUUCCUGCAACGAGUCACAUGUUGUGCGUCAAUCCUUCGUUUCUCGCUGAUUAAUUAUUUUCUUCUUAUACUUCUUAAGCAGUACAAAAGUGUGAUGGCAGCAUAAACACAAAAUCACAGAGAGACUUUAGUUCUCUUCACUGUAAAAGAAUCUUAUUACACGUAUUUUUCACCCAGAAAACGCGUUUAGCUAGAAUAAAUUGUACAUAGUAGCGUCGAAAAUGGUGCCUCGUAUAUACAAAAAUGUUGUGGUCCUCGGUGAAUGUGUGCAUUUCUGUCUCGUUCCAUGUUCCCCAUUGCCCUUUGCGUUCAACAGGCAACAGGAGGGAAUGAAAAUUGUGUUAAUGAAGCAUACAAGUAUGCAGAUACAUGCCAAAAAAAGUACACUGCUCAAGUUAAUUAAGCGAUCUUGUAUUUGGAAUGCACAUUUGAAUAUCAGGAGUAAUUUUAUACUCGUAGAAUUUUUAACGAACAUUUAGUUGAUCAUCUCGGUUAUAUAAAGCGAUCAUCUAAUUAUUUUGAACAGUGUAUGUCACAGUAAACGCAGACUCUAUGCUUCCUGUUUCGAUGAAAAUAAAAUAAAUGGUUUUAAUUUAUAUUUAUGAUUCUUACAUGUACAGAGGCAUAGAGCUUUGUGCGGUUCACUAUGAUCCAAAUGACUGAAGUCAUCAUUUUCUUUUCUUUUUUUUUUUUUAUCAUUAAAGGAUAAAUAAUAUUAAGUGAUUUGGUUAUAUAACAAAACAAAUGUAAAACCAAAUGAAGCUAUAAGAUAAUAUGUAUAAAAUGUAAAGGCAAUGUUUUGUUAUACAAACAUAGCAAUCACACUUAAGUCAACUAUGUAACAUUCUCAGUUGUGUUUAGUUUUGUGUUCUUCAACGAAUAACGUGAGAAAAGAAUAAUGAAACAAAUCAAACACGAAUUAUUCAUGAAGCCAGGAACAUUUUACUCUCCAAGACUGAAGAACAUUUGAUAACAGUUUACUAGGACAUAUUAUCCUAAUAAUCUUCGAUUAAAGAACGUCAAGUCAUUAGUUGUUUAAUGAUUCUUUACUUAGUGUAAUGAAUUAAGAUUAACGCGUUUCUUUGUACACUGAUGAAAAAUGAUUGGUGCUUCCAAUGUUAGAUAUCAAUCAUGAAAGAAAUACUCUGUUCACUUUUGAUCAUUAUAAAAAAGAAGAAAUUGUUAUUUUGAAUCUCACUAAAGAAAGUCACGUGACGAAUCCAUAAGGAUAAUUGUUUGCUACCAUUUUUCAUAAAGUCAUACAUCUAUUUCGUAACUGUCCAUUAUGUGCUAAUACUUUUAAAAGAAUCAUUGUGUAGAUCACGUUCGAGAAGAAAUGUUUCUUAUGCAAUUACGACUUUGUGUAUUUUAUGAACACCUUCGACAUUGUAUGUGAAUGAAAACAAGAGAUAUAAAUAUGUCUGUACCUUUAAGCAUAAGCAUAACGUAACUUGUACUAUUUUACACGGUUGGUUAGGAAGACAAUGUGAAUUUCAAUACUCUAAGAUAAGAAAAUGUACUGUCAUGAAAUGUUGGACGUGUCUGUGAAUUCCAAAUUGCGAUAUUUUAUCGAUGAAAGUGACGCAAGUGUUCUUUUUCUAAAGUAAAAAUUUAUUUUUCUCAA